AUGGAUACCUCCUUUGAUCCUACAACCAAGAUAAUUAUGCUCAUCAUUGUGGGCUUUCUCGCAUUCAUCUACCUUAUGGCCAAUGGCUACAUUAUUCCACGAUCUCCCGAGUCUAUCUACAUUGCGUACACCAGUGGCGAUAUGAGUGGACUGAUGCAAGGCAUCGAAGGGGCUCUUCAACAAGGAUAUCGUGUCCAAGUCAUCUUCGACGGGGUCUAG